AUGGCGCUCACUCGGCACUCACAUUUUCUGGCGCACUCCAGCAAUGUCAACUGUUUGCGCUUUGGUCACAAGUCGGGCCAAGUAGCUGCAACUGGUGGGGAUGAUAAUAUGGUGAACGUUUGGCGAAUGCGCGAGGCGGAGACCAAGAACAUUAUGAGUCUAUCGGGUCAUCAAAGUGCUGUCGAGAGCAUUAUGUUCGAUCCAGCAGAGUGCAAAGUGGUGGCUGGGUCUCAAGCAGGGUCUAUCAAGGUGUUCGACCUGGACGCUGGCAAAGUCAUUAGGACGCUCAAGGGACACAUGGCAUCAACUAUCUCAGUAGAUUAUCAUCUUUAUGGUGACUACGUAGCAUCUGGAUCGCGGGAUACGAUUGUUAAGGUUUGGGAUCUAAGGACCAAAAGCUGUAUGCUGACUUUUAAGGGACAUUCUUCAGAGGCGACUGUCGUGAGCUUUACGCCAGAUGGACGCUGGCUGACUUCAGGAGAUCAAGGAGGUAACAUUAAAAUCUGGGACCUUACAGCUGGGCGUCUUCUUCACGAGUUUCCUGACCACGGGGGUGCAAUCACAAGCCUCGAAUUUAAUCCUGAGGAAUUUAUUUUAGUAUCUUCUGCUGCCGAUCGCACUGUACGAUUUUGGGACGUACAAGAAUUCGCUUUAAUCGGCGUCACGCCUGUAGAUAAUGCCAUAACGACAUCUAUGAGCCAUACCGUUGCAGAACCCUACAGCGGCAAAUAUAUAUUUUGUUGCUCACAAGAAGCAGUUCGAGUCUGGUCUUACGAAACUGCAAUUGAGUGCCAUGAUAGUGUCAUGAUGCCUCAUCAGAAAGAACUUGGAUUUGUGGAGGUACACGCAGACACAAUUAUGACGGAAGAUAUGAAGCUUGUGGGCGGGUGUAUUCAGAAUGCUUUCGUGUCUGUGUGGGUGCUAGAUGUGAUGCAGAUGCGACCAUUCAACUGCGAAAACAGCGAUACCAGCGACAACGUCGCUAUUAACACUAGGCGACCGACUUCAUCUGCUUUAAAAGCUGUAGGACAAUCUUUGGCUCACCCCGUUACUCCUGGCAAAGUAUCAGGUAGUGAUAUAUCUGUUUGUCGCUACACACCCACUUCACAGCAGCUUGCUCAAGAAAGCGCCUCGAAUUUAAUUGAGCAAGUCUCUAGGAGAAUGAACACUGUUUAUAGUCGCCCAACUACUCCAGGAGUUCUCGUCCCGUCAACCGAGUCGAUUUUACGUCCUUCACGCCGUACAGACCAAUGUAGUGAAUUAGUAACACAUUUGGCUGGUGCAAGACAAGACUCACCAAUUUCACAGCAAAUGAAGAGACCUAUUGAGGUGCUUGAAAAUGCAUCAGACCAAUCGUUGCCUCCAUCGCACGGAAAGCAAUCGCAAGAUAAAACGUUAGUGACAUCUGAUUAUAUAAUGGAGCUUCGCUGCGGUAUGGACACGUUCGUAAAGGUGUUCAAGGCUCGACAAAUAUGCAUCCAACAGCUAUUGGCUCACUGGGAAAAGGGACAUUUGCACGAAGGUCUCCGAUUUUUAAAUGAGUUGCCAAAAGGGAAGCGAGAAGCUGUUGUGGUCGACGUUCUGCUGAUCGCAGACUUGUCAUCGCUGGGUGUCGAUCUAGAGGCUUGUGUGUUGCUACUCCCGCUCAUCGUCGAGGUCUUCCAAAGCGAAUCUGAAAAAUAUUUAAGCGUCGCCAUCGCUUCCGGGCAAAAUCUGUUUGAUGCGUUUUCACCCAUCGUCAAGGACACUCGCGAUGCGCGACGGUAUCGUUCGCGAUUGACUAAUCUUGCAGAAGAAGAAAGAACUCAGCGGUGCAAUGCUUGCGACAUUUAUUUUCAAGAGAUGAAGCAGCGUGUGCAGUUCCUAGCCCAGAAGUGCACUAACUCACCGUUACAAAGUAAGGUCCACACACUAGCACAAGUUCUCGGCGAAUUUUACGACACGUAA